ACAGAAGAACAAUAAUGUCUAAUUUACCCAUAAAAUAUCCAAGAACUAUAAGUCUGUUGUCAACUGUUUGCAGUAACUUGAACAGUAGAAAGCCCUAAUCUUUCGUCAUUUCGCGCUGUAUUAUAUAUUUUCGUUUUCAGAGCCCUUCGUCGCCACGUUGAUAUAGAAAACGUAAUAAUGAUCAUGAUUUCCGCGCGCAAACAGAGUGUGACGUCACUUAUGGUUUUUGUCACCUGCUUUGUCGUCUGCUUUAGAGAAUGCCGUACGGUUUCAAUGACUACAACAUCAGGAAUAGAUUCCCAUGUCGACACAGGUAUCCUGGAUGCUAACCAUGGCAGCAUUGGCAAGACGAGAACCAGCACAUUGGUUAAUGCACAGGCUGGGCUGACACUUGCAGAUACUGGGGACCAGGAAUUCCUCUCUAGUCUGCAUAUCACAAGGAUGAAACAGAGCGUCAGUGAUGGCUUACAAAGUGGCUUCGACCAGAGACCUGCAAAUCUUGACAAAAGUUGUCCUCUGUCAGAUUUCUGUAAAUGCACUAUGUCGAGAAGAGAAAUGAAGUGCACUGGUAACAUACCGUACAUCCCAGUGCCUCCUGCUUACGUGACUUCUGUCACGGUUUUACGCGCGUCGUUCGGAGCGCUGACAAAACAGACUUUGACUAACGUAACUAACGUUUCCCUGUCAUGUCUAAACUUGACACACUCGGAGAUAACCCACAUCGAGAGAGAUGUUUUUCUCGGUUUUAAAUUCUGCCAAGGAGCAAAAUUAGACCUGAGCGGGAAUAACCGUAUAUAUUUGAGAGGGCUAAAAAUGGCAUUCUGUGAUCUCGCUUCUUCCAAUGUAUCCGUAUUACAGUUGGAUAACAUGAACUUCAAGACUUUCCCUUCUGGUCUUUUGGACUGUUUAUUAGGCUCAAAGAUAAGAAGUCUGAGUUUACGUAACAACAACUUUUUGACAUUCUCGGGCCAGGCUCUGUCACCGCUGGGAGAACUGACCACGUUGAUUCUGACGUACAACAACAUUACCUAUUUACAGGACGUUGAAGGCUUCAGGAAUUUAACUUUUCUUGGGCUGGGUUGGAACAAUUUCACGAAAAUCCCACGACUUUUCAAAAAGACCUCGCCUGAUGACAGCGUCUACCCAAAGCUUCAGAUGCUAAGACUUGGAUAUAAUCGAAUUCUGGAGAUAGCGAAAGAGGACUUUUCCGGUCUACGAAACCUUAAAUACUUAGAGUUGAAGUUUAACUACAUUAGAAGACUCGCAAAUAAUUUGUUUAGGGAAACGCCCGAAUUAGAACGACUUCAUCUUAAGCAUAAUAAUAUCCGUCAGAUUUCCAGCUUCGCUUUUAAUAGAUUCUCGUUACGUUAUUUGGACCUCUCAGUAAACGCUUUUCAUUUCAGCACUGCCGACACUAAAAACUUCUUCAAACUGUGUCCAAACCUGGAUGUGCUUUAUUUGACGGAUAAUAUUAUGGACAUCAACAACACUGCUUUAGAGGAACUUUUUUCUCCGCUCUCUAAGCUCACACGACUGAUAAUAGAAAACAUGCCUAUCUAUAAACGUCUACUGGAACCUCUGUUUAGGGUUCUUCCUUCAUUGAGAGAAUUGAUUGCCUCCAGUAAUAGUAUCAGUGAUUGGACGCCUGGUGUAUUCACAGAGGCCAAGAAACUGGAAAAACUUUACAUGGACUCUAAUAAAAUUUCUACGAUUUCCGAAUAUUCAUUUCCUAAAUAUCUCUUGGCCAACCUCAAGAAAUUGAAUCUGGCCGGCAACCCUUUCGCUUGCACCUGCGAUUUAAUGUGGUUCAGGAAUUGGAUUCGAACCACCAACGUAACUAUCGUGGCUCUGAACCACAAAGCUUACAAAUGUUACUCUCCGAAAGAAUGGAAACAUAAGAACCUGGUGUCCUUCAAUCCUACAGUAGAAUCUUGUACUGUAAAGAAGUUAAACUUGCCCUUAAUACUUGGCGCGUCCCUGGGUACGGCUGCCGUCGUAAUUGCGAUUACUGUGACUGUGUUUGUUCGUUACAGGAUGCACAUUAGCUACUGCUGUUUCCUUACACGUUCCAAACUCAAAGGAUACACGGAAAUCGAGGACACGGAAGGGUACGAUUAUGACGCCUUCGUCGUUUACAGUGCCACAGACCGGAACUGGGUGAUCCAGGAACUCUUAGCCAGGGUGGAAGAUAGGGAAGGAUUUAAGCUAUGUUUGUACGACAGGGACUUUAUACCUGGAACCGACAUUGUAGACAAUAUCAUGGUUAACAUGGAGGCCAGCAGGAAAGUCAUUCUCGUCCUUUCUGAUAGCUUCGCUGCCAGCGAAUGGUGUGAAUGGGAGUUAAAAAUGGCCCAGCACAAGCUUCUCGAUGAAAGGAGAGAGAUUCUUAUCCUAGUGAAACUAGGAGACAUUCAGUACCGUAACAUGACGAACCGACUAAUGCUUCUGAUGCGAGACAAGAUAUACAUAGACUGGUCUGACUGUGAACUGAGCAGAGACAUGUUCUGGCAGAAGCUGAUUCGGGCACUUAGCAGACCGUCGGAACCCACCGCAGCCUGA